AUGAUUCUGGAGGUAGGUCAGCGGAUUCCCUUAAAGGAAUGUCAUGCUUCGGCAACGGUGUCCGAAGACCCGGGAGUGCUGGAGACGCUGACGGACAUGCUGCGACAGGCGUCCGUUUCAGAGCAGCAGCGUGCCUUAAUGGUUACAGUGGUCGAAAAGGUUCUCUCCGCGAAUAGCGGGUUGAAUGAGGCCUUCAUGAGACUUCUAAGGGGUUUUGAGCGAAAGCUGAAUACUGCGGAGGAUGACAUUGCAUUGAUCAGCAGGUGUCUUGACAACUCGCAAGAUGGUGAUGCCGCUGUGGAAGCCCUUCGGGCGGAGCUAGCCCAGGCCAAGGAACAGGCCCGGUUUAGUAAUGUGGCCGCCGAAAAGGCAUCGGCCGAGUUGAGGGCCGAACAAGCCGCGCGGCGCCAGGACAAGGAGGCCAUGUCCACCAUGGCGCGCGAGUUAGAAAAUGCAGCUGGAACGGCGAGCACCAGGGCGCCAACCGAGGGGGAGGUGUUCGACGAUGAGGCGCUCGCCGCCGCUGGGCUCGAAGUUGUUGACGAACCGAGCGCUGGUGACGGUGGUUCCCAAGAGGAGCGGCUCCUUCGGGCCAUGAGCGCCAACUUUCAGAAGCUCCGGGCCCUUCAUCGUGCCCACCUGGACAAGGCAAAGUCCAGGAUGGCAGCGGUGGAUAAGGUGGAGGUGGAUCUCGAGGGGCGCGUCGCCGAGACGCAGGCCAAUGUCGAGAAAGCUCAAGAGACGGCGAGGGUACAGGUCACCAAGGACGAGGCUGCUCGACAUCAGCAUCAGGCCGAGCUGUACUCCCAGGAGGAGGACCUUGCCGCUCGUGAGGAGGCGCUCACUGCCACAUCCGCGGCAACGAUGAGGAGAUCGAGAAGCUUGUCGCACAGCGGACUCAGGAGCUGGAGUAGAGGCACAGGGAGGCGCUCAAUGCCCUAG